CGCGGCCGCCCUAGCCGUGCUGUACGCGUUGUCAGUAACCAGGUAAUGCCAAUGAUCCUUGAACGGUGAUACUGCUUUUGUCUUCCUACGACCUGCAACUGAAACAUCAAAGUUAUACCCGCCUUAGCGCUACAAUUCAACAGAAUGCUGUACACAUACCUGUCCGUGUGGUGGCUGGUGAUCGUGGCGACGCUGUGCGCGCCCGAGCACACGCCGAGCGCCGAUCACGAGCCGCACGGCGCUGACGCACAUGAGUCAUCAGAGGAGCACGUAGCGCCGCUGGAGAAGCGCUCGCCCCACUACAACUUCGGGCUCGGCAAGCGCGCCUACAGCUACGUGUCCGAGUACAAGCGCCUGCCCGUCUACAACUUCGGAUUAGGAAAAAGGUCUCGCCCAUACUCCUUCGGGCUGGGCAAGCGCUCCAUAUCCGAAGAGGACCAGGACGAGGAACUCGCCAACGACAUCGAGCAGGCCGCGAUGGACAGAGAGCUCUUCGACCAGUACGAUGAUGCCCCUGUUUACGAAGAAAAACGCGCUCGUCCAUACAGCUUCGGCCUCGGCAAGCGCUUCAAUGACGAGUUAUCAGAGGAAAAGCGCAAGAUGUACGAUUUCGGCCUCGGCAAGCGCCUACCGCUCUACAACUUUGGACUCGGCAAGCGCGCUAGGGGCUACGACUUUGGCCUCGGCAAACGGUAUAGCAGCAAGUUCAACUUCGGCCUAGGGAAGCGAGAGAGGGAUAUGCACAGGUUUAACUUCGGCCUCGGAAAGCGGUCCGCUGACGACGCCUAUGACAGUGUUGAAGAGUAAAUUGAGUUUUUUGUUUUGUGAGAAAUUUCGUGGAUGGUUUUAGUAGCUUUCUUUGACUAAUUGUUAAAAUAAACGCGAUUUGAGGAAAUCAAUGUGUGAUGUAAAAUAUUUUUAAAUUUAUUGUUAAAUAUUUUGUAAUAAGUUUAUCUGGUUUAACUUUUUUUAGUAUUAAACGGUUUACUUGUGAAAAAUCCAGCCAAUUUUCACAAGUAAAUCAUGACUAUAAUUUUUUUCCACGUAAUUUCUUACAAUUGAAUUAUUAAAUAAAAUGUACAAUUAUUUAAAGACCUCGAACUGGACUAAUUCCUUCAAUUAUUGUAACUAUAGAAAACUAAUAACGAAUAAAUAACUCGAGAAAGGUCUCAUAAACUUGAAGGCUACACUUGUAAAAUUUACAUUUUAAAAAGAGCAUAUUUUUGUCAAUUCCCAAUUUAAAAUAUUAAUCUAAAUAAACUUCGCCUAACUACUGGACUCUGAACAUGUAUUUUAACGUCAAAUUCAAUUAGUUUUUUGUAAAUUGUUGUUAUACAUCCAAGUUAUUUAUGUAAAAGUUGAAACUUAAGAUAAGUAACACUUAAUGAAAAGUAAAGUCACGAUUCUUUUUUUACAAUUUAGGUAAUUUAGAAUGAAAUUCGUAGUGCCAUAAGUGUCAAUAUCACGUCUUAGAUAAUUCUUAACGCUUCUGUUCUCCGUUGGAAUCGUGACUCUAUGACUCACAAAUACUACCUAAUUAAGUAUUGUCAUAAGUUUCCUUAAACGAUAAGAUUUGUUGUUUUCAAUAUAAUCAUUAAAACAAUUAUACAAAUCAUAGCAAGAUUGCAUUCA